UAGCAGUCAUCACUGGAUGAAACCGUUGGAUUAAUUGGCUGAUGAGAGAACUUUAGAAUGAAGGAAUCAGGCUGCAAUUCUAGCAGACAUUUGCAUAUAUUCUGAUGUGAAGAAUUUAUAGAAACUUAUUCACAAAAAAUGACAUCCUGGUUGUAUGAAUGUCUUUGUGAAGCUGAACUUGCACAGUAUUAUCCUCAUUUUACUGCCCUUGGCCUUCAAAAAAUAGAUGAAUUAGCCAAGGUUACAAUGAAGGACUACUCCAAAUUGGGAGUACAUGACAUGAACGACCGCAAACGUCUCUUCCAACUUAUCAAAAUCAUUAAAAUUAUGCAGGAAGAAGAUAAAGCAGUCAGUAGCCCAGAGCAUCCUCUUCAGACAAACAGCCUGUGCAGUAAACCUCAGGAAGCCAGAUCUGGCCCUCGCAGGCAACUGCAUUUUGAUUCUCCUGCUCACAACAAGGACAGAAUUACCAACAACAAUGGGUUUGAGAUGUGCAGUUUAUCAGAUUUUUCUGCUAAUGACCAGAAAUCUAGUUACCUAAAAGUGCUGGAGCACAUGCUGCCGGAUGAUCUCCAGUCCCCUACAAAAACAAGAAUUCUGAGUGCUGCAGCUGCUGGUUCCUAUGUGCAAACAGAAACUAACACUUCACUCUUUUCAUCAAAUCACUUUUCUCCACUACUGGGGGAUUAUGAUAUUCCCAUUAUUCAAAGAGUCUCUUAUGUUUCAGGGUAUAACUAUGGAAUCCCUCAAUCUUGUAUCAGACAGAACACCUCAGAGAAAGAGAAUCCUUGGACUGAGAUGGAGAAAAUCAGAGUUUGUGUUCGAAAACGCCCUUUGGGCAUGAGGGAGGUACGUCGUGGAGAAAUUAAUAUUAUUACCGUACAAGACAAAGAAACUCUUCUUGUUCAUGAGAAGAAAGAAGCAGUUGACCUUACACAAUAUAUUCUGCAGCAUGUUUUUUAUUUUGAUGAAGUCUUUGGUGAAGCAUGCACCAAUCGGGAUGUAUACAUGAAGACUACUCACCCACUCAUUCAGCAUAUUUUCAAUGGAGGCAAUGCCACUUGCUUCGCAUAUGGACAGACAGGUGCUGGGAAGACCUACACCAUGAUAGGAACUCAUCAGAACCCAGGACUCUAUGCUCUGGCUGCCAAAGAUAUAUUCAGCCAACUAGAAAUAUCCCAGCCAAGAAGGCACCUCUUCGUGUGGAUCAGCUUCUAUGAAAUCUACUGUGGACAACUUUAUGACCUCUUAAAUAGAAGAAAAAGGCUCUUUGCAAGAGAAGAUAGCAAGCACGUGGUACAGAUAGUGGGACUGCAAGAACUUCAGGUGGAUAGUGUGGAGCUCCUCUUAGAGGUGAUUCUGAAGGGCAGCAAGGAGCGCAGCACCGGGGCCACUGGAGUUAACACAGACUCCUCCCGCUCCCAUGCUAUCAUCCAAAUUCAGAUCAAAGAUUCAGCCAAGAGGACAUUUGGCAGGAUCUCUUUUAUUGACUUGGCUGGCAGUGAAAGAGCCGCAGACGCCAGAGACUCAGACAGACAGACAAAGAUGGAAGGCGCAGAAAUAAACCAGAGUCUUCUGGCUCUGAAGGAAUGUAUCCGCGCAUUGGAUCAGGAACACACCCACACUCCCUUCAGGCAAAGCAAAUUAACUCAGGUCCUGAGGGAUUCUUUCAUUGGUGAUGCCAAAACCUGCAUGAUUGCCAACAUCUCACCAAGCCACGUGGCCACCGAACACACUUUGAAUACCUUGCGUUACGCUGACCGGGUCAAAGAACUAAAGAAAGGCGUUAAAUAUUGUGCUUCAGCUACAAGUCGAAAUCAGACCUCUGGAAACUCUUCUCCAAAACGAAUUCAGAGCUCCCCUGUGGCCCUGCCAGGGGACAAGUGUUCUCCCAAAAAGGUCAAGCUGGGGCUUCAACAGUCAUUCACGGCAGCUCCCAGCUCCACGAGAGGGAAGGCCCAUCCUCUGGCCAGCCACCCACCCAACAUCCCUUUUGCACCUGUACCUAAAGUUCCCGGUAAAAGGCAUGGAUCCAGAGGGAGUCUUCCCCAAGACUGGGUCGUUCAGACCAGCCCUGUCAAAGGAGCCACACGGUCUGGACAGUUAGCCAAAAAAAGGGCGGAAGAGUCUGCGUCCUUGUGCUCUGAGAAAAAUCAAAUGGGCAACAAAACUGCCCACAGGUGGGGAAGCAAGGCGGCUGCCUCCGGAGAAGCCCCAGCGCGUGGAAAGCUGCCCUCCAAGUCCAAGACAGGGCAGCCUGUGCGGCCCGUGCAGCAGCAGCUGGUGUCACGGGCUGAGGUCUCCUCUGGUGGCCGCCGCCACUUAGCAGAACACGGUCAGCACAGCGAGGGGAGCACACCGGCCAGGCCCGCCUCGGAAACGUGGACAGACAUCCCUCCACAUCAGAAGGAGAGGGAGGAACACUUGCGCUUCUAUCACCAGCAGUUCCAGCAGCCACCUCUCCUCCAGCAGAAGUUCAAGUACCAACCACUGGAAAGGUUCUUCUACCAGUACAGGCCCCUGGAGGGGCAGCUCCAGAAUGAGACCCCUCCCACCUUCUACUCUUACUCCGAGAGCCAGGAUGGAGCCCAAGCUGAGGACCUUGAUGACAGCGAUUUCAGUGAAGAUUCUUUUUCACACGUCUCCAGUCAGAGGACCACAAAGCAGAGAAACACCGAGAACAGCGAAGGCUCAUUCUUCCUUCAUCAGAGGGAGCAAGGCCCUGAGGAACAGGUGGCUGAAAGGCAGCAGAGUCUGCUUUUUAACCCCAGGACAGAUGGUGCUGAGAAGGGUCUAACUGGAAACUGGAUGUGCUCCAGGGACCCCACAAACUACAGAGGAGCAGCACUCAGUCAUGGCCACGGCCCAGGUAAGGUGCCUUGGGACUGGAGCAGAGAAGAGGAUUCUACCUCCUCGGGGCUUUCUCCCAGAGACAACCCGGCAGAGAAGCCUUACUGCUCCCAGGUAGACGUUGUAUAUGGCCAGAAAAUAGGUGGUGGCCCAGCCUUUGAACUCACACAGAACGCUUUCAAAAGUGAGGUUCUUGGGCAGGCAGAGGGUAGUUCAGUCCCCACGGAGGAAGAUGGUUUCAUUUUCUCACUAUCCCACGGGGCAGUUCCAGGAUCUCCAGACCAUAGAGAGACAGUCAGCACACCUCUGAGAGAAAUCGGCCAAGACAGCCCAACUCUGGCGACCAGAACAAUGAAAAACAGUUACCCUUACCAAGAAGAUUGUAGAGGGGAAUCAGGCACAUGCUCUGAAUAUGCUUCUGGACUGAUGGCUCCCCUCACUGUGUCCCUUCUGGAGAAUGCAGAUGAUGAGGGCCCUGUUCCCCUGGAGCAGCCGGCCCAGGAUGGGCUUGCUCACGGUCUAAUGGCAGCAGGGGGCCCAUCUGUGGGCCACACAGCGUCAUCUGGUAAUCAAAAGGCACUGCCAGUGUGUUUGGCAGCUGGGCACUUGUGGCUCUCAUCAUCUCCCCCUGACACUAAGCCGAGUGGUGAUCUUCCAGUUCUGUCCCCGUCACCCAUCCGUCAGCACCCACCUGACAAGCUGCCCAUCGAUGAGGCUGACCUAGGGGAGGUCUGCCAGAGCAGAGAGUCUGCACUCUCCUCCCAGGAACAUGUGAGUAGCCAAGAGUAUGAUGCAGAUGCUGAGGCGGCAGAGGUGAGCAGCUCCCACGGUUUCCCAGGAAAGCCCUUCCCCACCAUACAUACUGGAGGACCCCACCCUGCACCUCUAAUCACCCCACGAACAAAAAGUAGUGAUAUGGCUGACCAGCCUUGGGCCCAGGAAAGAAAACAUCCAACAGGACUUGGUUGGCAGGAGCUAAGUUUGCCGAGAGACCCCGUCAAGUUGCCUGGCUACAAUAGGGACAUCGUGUGGCUCAAAUACAGGCCAAUCCCAAGGUGCUUAGCAAGACCAGGCUCUCCCCUGGUCCCUCGCUGCUCUCCAAAGACUGCAGGGACACUGCAUCAGCUCACCCUGGGGCCUGCACAGCAGGUGGUCAUCCGAGCACACCAGGAACAGCUGGAUAAAAUGGCAGAACUGGGCUUCAAGGAGGAGAUCUUGAUGAGCCAGCUGGCUCUCAAUGAUUUUGAAGAUAUUGUGACCCAGUUGGAUGAAAUCCUGGCUCUGAAAUCCAAGUGCAUCCAGAAUCUGAGGAGCCAGCUUCAGCUGUACCUGGCCUGCCACAGGCCGACCACAGCCCCUGAGAGGACAGUGGUGUCUUAGAACAAGAUCCAGUAUGAGGUGAUGGAACAGCUCAGGAGCCUGUGCUGAAUUCCCGGGGGCUGAAGGGGCCUCUGCCAGGUCCUCCUUACAAAUCCUAGAACCCACUCCCCAGUCCUGCCCAUGCUAGCCUCUCCCCAGCCACACAUGGCCUUGACUAGGCCCCAGCUCCUCUCUCAGGGCCAAGCCUCUGUCCCUCAGUUCCAAGCACAGGAGCAUCUGUAGGGAAAGACAGAGCAGCCUAAAAAACUUAAUAUACCCCUCCCUUUUCUGUGGGGCUAGAAGAGAAUUUGUCUUACCAACCCCUUGUCUGUGAAAACACAUUUGGGUCUAAUAACCUUGUGGAUGUUUCUGAGUUUGAGGACCAGAGGAUGGGGUGGGCCAGCGGUAACCUAGAGGUCAGAGAUCACAAGCUGGGGAAGAAAACAUGCUGAACUCAGGGGCUUUGAUAGCUGAAUUCUGUGCCCACAUCACUGCAUUACUCUCUUAAUAGCACUCGUGCUCCUGGAGCAGUCCUGACUCCUCACCUGCCAUGCCCACGCAUGGCAAAGUUGAAGGAGGAUCUCCUCACCUUACCUUUAUCCAGCAUUACCCUGGCUGUCCACUCCCUCUCAGGGGCCUGUGUUCAGUUGUAUCUUGGCACUGAGAGCUCUAGUCAACAGUCUGAGACUGAGGCAGAAUUUUUAUACACACACAAGUUCUGCUUGCUGUGUAUCUUUUCAUCAGGAAGAAGCUCAAGACAAAUACAAAGUGGUCCGCCACUUCCUAGGGCCACCCUGGGUCAAAUAAGAUGCAGGUGUCACAGCCUUGGUUCUGAUGCUUAUUGUAAUGUGUGGAAACUUAAAUUUCUUACAGGGAAAAGGACACCUUUUUAAGGUUUCAAAAGGAGGGCUUAAUUAAAAGGGUAGCAGAAGGGCUGACUGGCUUUCUGAGACUGCAGCCCUGCCACCCUUUGCCUGAUCUGAGCACUAGAGGGCGGCCUCUUUCCAGCUUCGUGGCCCAAAGGCUCUGCCGUCUCCUCAUAUCACUAAAAGAAUGAGACCCACUGCCAGCCAAGAGCACUAGAGGGACUGUGGGAUGGCAUUAAGUAUAAGGACAAGAAACUUCAGGGAGGAAUCUAGUUCUCGCAGCUACAGCAGCACCACUGAGCGCUGGUGAAGCAGUCUGAAUCCAGUCCCGCCUGUGGCACACAGCACAUAAAUGCCGGAUGUGUCUCACAGGAAAAGGUACUUCCUCAUUUCUGAGUGAUUGCCCCAAAGGCCCAGGCUAUCUCACCU